CACCAUGUAUAGCAGCUCGCACUUCAGCUUCGUAUCGCCGUGAUACCCAGGCUACUGGACAUAGACAGAUUGUGAGCUUAAAACAAUGCAGCUUUGAGCAAUGUUCAGUUUUCAGAGUCUAGUCCAGAAAGCUCAGCAGUUUAUCGAACCCACCCUCUCCGUUGCCAGCCCCUCAAGCGACCGCAGACCUACCAAAGCCUCGCUAUUCCGACACCAGUUUCGCUUGCCGGACUCGCAAAAUCCUCUCCAAGAGAUAACUGCCGAGCUUACGCUUUCCCCACACCAUAGUACAAGAGGCUCAGGUGAUUCUCCGGAGAAAGAGAGGGAAAGACCUCAGGGCAUCCAUUAUGUGGGGAAGCUUCAUCUGAGUGAACAGUAUCUUUGCUUCUCCACGCAAGCAUCAAGUUUCUUGAACUCUGCCAGCUUGAGCACUUCGAGUGCUUUCACUGGUCAAACGCAUGGCGCUGGUCCCGGAGGCAAUGGGUUUACUCUCCCCCUGUGUGCGAUAAGGCGCGUUGAGAGACUGCAUAGCCAAAGCUAUAUGUUUGCUCUGGCGAUAACAACAUGGCAUGGAUUUGACAACAAGAGCAAGAGUGGAGAAAUCGGUGGUCCCCAGAAGCUCACAGUUCAGCUCGCUGGAAGUCGCCAACAGUGCGAGAGAUUUUGCGACGGACUGAAGAAGGGUCUAAGGGAGGGCGUUAAAGGGACAGAUAACCUCCGUUCAGUUGUGAACGACUGCUACUCGGAGUAUCUGAUCGCUACCGACAUCGAGAAUAAAGAUGCUGGGCCAGGGGAGCAAAGAGAUCCUCCUGACACAGGCCUGGGGACGGUGUUCCGAUAUCCAGGUAAUGCGCGAAAGCUGCGAGACGCUACCAAGAUACGGCUAUGGCGAGAGUAUCUCAAAGAAAACGGGCGGAACGCAACUCUCAUACGUCAACCAACAUUCCACAAGUUAAUUCGCGUCGGCCUACCUAAUCGCCUCCGUUCAGAAAUAUGGGAGCUGACUUCAGGUUCAUUCUUCCUGCGUCUACAGAAUCCAAAGCUUUACACUGAGACAUUGGCCAAGUAUUCCGGACAGCAGUCCUUGGCAAUAGACGAGAUUGAGAAAGACUUAAAUCGCAGUCUUCCAGAGUAUCCUGGGUUCCAGAGCGAAGAAGGAAUCGGUAGGCUUCGAAGGGUCCUUACAGCCUACAGUUGGACGAAUGAGGAGGUCGGCUACUGCCAAGCAAUGAAUAUAGUUGUCGCUGCCUUGCUAAUAUACAUGUCCGAAUCUCAGGCUUUUUACCUUUUAUCUGUUCUUUGCGAUAGACUCCUACCUGGCUACUACUCCACGACGAUGUACGGUACGUUGCUAGACCAACGUGUCUUUGAAUCUCUGGUUGAGAAGACUAUGCCGAUACUAUGGGACCACCUUGUCAAGUCGGACGUGCAGUUAUCAGUUGUGUCACUUCCGUGGUUCCUCUCACUCUACAUCAACUCAAUGCCACUCAUAUUUGCUUUUAGAGUGUUGGAUGUCUUCUUCCUUGAGGGACCCAAAGUGCUUUUCCAGAUUGGACUCGCCAUUCUGAGGAUAAAUGGUGAAGAUCUACUGGACGCCGCGGAUGAUGGCACUUUUAUAUCAGUCCUGAAGACGUAUUUUGCAAGACUAGAUGAGUCAGCACAUCCGCGCUCUGAGAAUCCAAAGCUGCGGGCAGUAACACGGUUCCAAGAGUUGAUGGUUGUUGCGUUCAAAGAAUUUGCUGGGAUCACCCAAAAUACGAUAUCGGAGCAACGAUCGAAACACAAAGAUGCAGUUCUCGAAAACAUCGAGAACUUCGCCAAGAGGACGUCCAUACGUAAUCUUGGGCCUGAGAGUAAGAAGCUGAGUCUAAACGACCUUGGCUUUCUUUACGAUCGGUUCUACGGGGUCCUUUACGAAAGACAGCAGAGGGCUGAGAUCAUUCAACAGGAAGCUGAUCGUAAAGCGAAGGCUGGGAAGGCGAAAGCAACUGAGAUCGUAACCGGCAUCCCUGGCAACGAUGUGGAGAUGGGUCGAGUUGCACUAGGGCCCAGUCCUACACAGAUGGAUUAUGAGGGCUUUCGGGAGUUCUUGGCAGGCCUAGCACGAUGGGCAGUGACUGAUUCUCCAACCUCCACUCAGUUGAAUGGUCAUGAUUCUCAAUCUCACUCGUACUUCGGUGGCAGUAUGCGCAGUCGCAGUAUACAAAUGUCACCCUGGGGUUCAGGACCCGAGCCAGCAGAGCAUGAGUUCAUGAACAGACUGUUUCGGAGAUGGGAUACCAACAUGCAUAGUUCACUGAGCCUGCAAGAUGUCGUCACUGGAUUUGCGCAAGUGAAGGGCACGAAAGACAUCAUGUCGAACAUUGCGUAUUUCUUUGACUUGUACGACGACGAUGGAGACGGCAAGGUGGAUCGCGAAGGUAUUCUGCGAAUAUCUGAGGCACUCCUAUUUCUCUCACGAAGAGGGAUAGACAGCCCUGCGACUUCGUCCCCUGCCAUGCAAGACCUGCAUGUCACAGACGGACCAAGCAGGAACGAGCAAUUCCUCAGUAGUGUAUCUGCUUUCAUACGACGCUGCUUUGAAUACGCCGAUCCUGAUCACCCAGUAAACCAAGCUGGGAACCCUGUAGAGCCGCAGGAGAAGAGGGAGGAGAAGGGGGAGGAGAAGAAAGAUGAAGAACUAGCAGAUCCCGACGCCUUCAGCAUAGGCGACGACGACGAUGACGAAGAUCUUCUCGACCUUAAAGAUUCUCCAGCACCCUCCACCCCUAAACUCACGAGCAAUCCUUCUGCACAAGCUUCACAAACACUCUCCAAAUCUCUUAGUCCCUCUUCACGUGCUGAAAAACACGCUGCCAAUGUCGCUCUUGACCCUAAUAACCCGCUGCAUAUCACUCUCCCGACGUUCCGAAUGGUCAUUCUCGCCGACGAAAUCCUUGAACAGUUUUUCGAAUCAGAUUUCUCGAACUCCUUCCGCCUAGCCGAUGCCCCAGCUCCCUCGUCGGCAUCGUCGUCUUCCAACCUCAACACGUUCGCCAACCCAACUGGCCGUGGUAGCACCGCUAAGCCUGCCAUUCCAAUUCCUGGCUCCGGCGGCGUCGUACCACCCGGCAAAGGACUCCGUGGCAUGCUCGACAACAUUGUAUCCGACGGCAUGCGUGUCGCAGCAGAGGUCAAGCGCCGCAUGGACGAGGCUCAAAAGGAACUCGAUCGUGAGGCCGCACGACACGGUGGUGUGGGAGGAGACGAAGACGACGAGGAUGACCAAGAGGCCGAGAAGGAGAGGCGGAGUAUCCGUGAAGGAGAUCGAGAUCUGCUCGAGGGUAUGGAGACGGAGGAUGUUGAGAGUGGUAAGGCAAGCGCGCCGACUAUUUCAAAUGCACAGGCGUCGCAGACGGAGAAGACGAGGAGUCCGAGUCCGACGAGAGACAGGGAGGAUGUUGUGGAAUUUGAGCGCUAAGCUGGCAUGGAAUGCAAAGAGUCUUGAGAAGAAUCGGCGCUUCUGGUGUUUUGUUCUGUUAUGGUGCAAGACGAUCCUACAUACCUUGGAUUUUGAUGGCGUGACUUACCCUCUUACUUGUGCUUCGGUCGAUGGUUUGUUGGUAUGCAGCACUUGGUCUUCCAGUACUUCCCACAUCCUACUAGAUCAGCUCUCCGGGUGCCACCUGUAAACGGCACAGUUUUAGAUGAAUGUUCCUGCUACAAUAAAGGCAUGAAGCACAACUGUUCAGUGCUCACGACUUACUCUACUAUGCAUUCGAGCAGCACCAAACCAAGCCCAACUCUGCAAGCUUCGCUGGAGAGGACACACAUGAUUGUUGGGCCAACUUACCUACCA